AUGUCGGCUUCGCUAUGGCUGCCAUUCACUGGUCAACAACCGAAACGAAAACGCGCAGAACUAGCUUGCAUUGCGUGCCACAGCAAGAAGAUUCGUUGUGAUCUCCAAACACGCGGUGGACAAGGAUUUAGCGACUGCAGCAAGUGUGCGGCUACCGGGAAGGACUGCCGGACUAGGCCGUCUCGACGAGGCAGACCAUCCAGCACCACUAUCACCCGCCCUUUGACCCCACCGGAUAGCAAUGCCAGCGAUCGGGUCAAUCUAUCUCGUCCAAGGCAAGGCAAAACAUCGAAUGCAGCAGAGCAAACUGACUCAGAAGGUUUCUCGAAUGAAUUCAGUCUGCAGCAGCAUGGUAGCCCAGGCGUUUUCCCUGCAGAUAAUCUACAUCGACAGUCUAUAUCGAGUGCAUUAUCCAGGAGUACUGAUUUCGAAAAUUGGUCGCCAUCUAUGAGUUACCUACCUGCCAGUCAACCGGCUCUGAACGCAAAAACCAUAUCAAUCCCGAGCGUGGCAAGUGAUUCACCAGCAACACAACGAACUGAGGAUCACUCCGAACAUAAUGACAGUUACCCAGUCGGGCAUGUCUUUCUGCCGGAGCUCCAGACAAAUGCACGAGAUCAGGAACGAUUGCUCGCUGAGAAGCUCCCAGUAAUUCCUAGUCUCCCAGACCCAGAUCUACAACAGACAUUUGCAGAGACCUAUUUCGAUUACUGCUAUACCUGGUGUCCAGUUCUUGAUCGAGAUACCCUCUCUGAUGAUCUCGCAAUGUCACCCCUCCUUCCGUGGUCGGUAGCCACAUCAAACCCCCCCAUGAUUCCUCAUGAUGGGCCAGCCACUUACUAUGAUCGAGCUCGCAGUCGAUUUUACGAUGAUGAAGAGCCAGAUGUGAUGACCUCGCUGAAAGCAAUCUCUCUGUUCUAUUGGUGGAGCCCCCGUCCGCCUACAAUUCUCCACCGACAUUCUUCAUGGUGGUGGACCUCUGUGGUUAUCCGGCACUGUCAACAGCUUGGUGUGCACCGUGAGCCCAAGCUUGAUAAUUCAAUUCGACAGCAAAUUGAUUUAAGUCUUCGGCGACGGAUAUGGUGGACCGCAUUUGCACGCGAACGUCUUACUGCUCUAUGUCAGAACAAGCCGUGUGUUAUCGACCCAGAAGACUGCACCCUGACAGAACCUACGUUGAGCGACUUCUCAAGUACUCUGGACCACCCCAAAGCAGAAGUAUUCAUAUAUUGGGUGCGACUAUGUGCUAUCAUUGGGAAAAUUGCCAAAUAUCUUUCCAGAAAUUGCGAUUCGGAAUCCUUCGCAUUCCCUGCACAUCUAGCUCGUGAGCUUGUUAGCUGGGUACAGUCCUUGCCACCACAUAUGCAACUUCCUAUCGGUUCGGACCGUACUUCUACCUUCAACCGAGAUGUUCAUCAACUUCAUCUUCCGUAUCUUGCCGUGAUAAUCAUCAUCCAUCUCAAGCGCUCGUCUUCCUCGCAGCCUCUUCCACAAGCAUACCCGCCUGCGAUAUUAGCAGCAACAUGCAUGGCUCGCAUAAUGCGAGACAUCCUCUCCCGAGGCGGUACAAGAUUUCUGAUGGCUAUCACAGGAUGGUACUGCGGCACAGCUUUUAUCGCCUUGCUCCAAGCUCUGCGUAUUGAUGGUCUAGCGAAAAGUGCAAAUGAGGACCUAGACAUCUUAACGCUGGCAGUAGGUCAGCUAGGAGUGAUGUGGCCCACCGCUGCAGUGUUUCAUUCCGGCUUUGGUCGUAUACGACCGAGUGCACCAGCAACAGAUUCGGAUUCGCAACGCGCGCCUGGCCCGGAGCUCGGUAUGAGUGAUGGGACUGCAUACAUGGAAAUGGCAGGUGGUAUUGACUGGACUACAUAUUUCCCAUUUGCCACGCCUCAUACCAGUGGAGUCGCUAGCAGGCUUUUGGUUCCACAUACUGAGGAGCUUUUCUUCGAUGAUGAUAUUUUUGCCGACGCAAUGCUUCAAUUUCAAGAUCUAUUCGAGCCUUGCGACACUCUAACGGAAACGACACUGUUCAUGUGA